AUGGCAGCGCCGAAUGUGGACUAUCAUUGCGCCUGUGCAUCAGAAGUGACCGUUCCGCCGCCACCGACACUCGCGUCGUCGAGCGCGGCCUUUCAUCCUCUACAUGAACUGUUCUUCUGCGAAGAGUGCGAUGCCGUCAGAUGUAACAGAUGUGUAUCCGUGGAAGUGAGCGGAUAUUACUGUCCAAACUGUCUAUUCGAAGUGCCGAGCGCGAGUGUACGGGCGGAGAAGAACCGAUGUGCUCGGAAUUGCUUCUUAUGUCCUUGUUGUCGGAACACGCUGUCUGUCGUUCCUUCCGAUCCUCCAGAAACGGAAGACGGCCGAUCCAUGCCGGUCAGCGCAGUGGGCGAGCCACCCUUCUUCCUCUACUGCAACCACUGCCGCUGGGAUUCGGCCGAAGUGGGAAUCACAUUCGAGAAGCCCACGGGUCUUGCUGCGCAGUUGCAGAAGUUCGAGGACUCUGCCGCGGAUUCUCUCGAAUUUGAGCGUUUGAAGGAGCACUUUGAGCCCUUCGUGCUCCGCGCUGGUGCCGCCCAAUCCUCCAUCACGCCCGGACACUCGUCUCACUCACACCAUCAUGUCAACCCCAUCACAGCCGCGGCCUCUUCCGCGCUCGCGCGCGAUAUUCCUGGAGUCGCGAAGUAUACGCCCGCGCAACCGUCAAGACGGUCGAAGGGCGCACGAGAUGAGAUGCCGGAGUACAAGGCGCGCUUGGAAGCUAGUAGUGGGAAGGGUGCUGGACUGGGCGGGGAGCCUGAUGUCGAGUUUAUGCGCAGCCUCGAGAUGAUUAGCGAGGUGGCAUCGUUGGAUCAGAGAUGGACGAGCAGUUGGGCGACAUCUGUCAAGUCGAGCGAUGUACGACCAAUGCGUAUGCCUCUGCACUCAAAGAAAUCAAAGCGCUGUCCGGUGUGCCGACACAUCCUCAUCAAACCCGAGCAGAAGGCCCAGUCCGUGCGGUACAAGAUCAAGCUAGUCGCAGCCAACUACAUUCCUGCCAUCGUCGCCACUUUGCCGUCCGAUCCCUCGCGCCGUGGAGACGCACAAGCCGUUACAUUACACGCGAAUCGAACGUACCCCUUCCAGCUCGCACUGACGAAUCCCUUGUACGAUCCUGUACAAGUCCGGUUACAAGUCCAGCGUCAAGCACCCCCUCCGUCCGCAGCAGAAGGCGAGGUCCGACGACCACCGUUUGCUAUCUCCCUUCCGACCACUGCAUUCCCCAUCGCUGCGUUCGCGGAAGCGUGGGAGUACGAGGAUGACGAGGAUAUGCUCGACGACGACGAGUUUGGGCUCGGAGGACGCGAUAAGGAUGCUGGGAAGAAGAACAAGACUGUGGGUGUGCUGGAGCGUAGAGCGAAUGUGACUGUUGUCGGAGGCGAGGCAUUGAUUGGGAAAGACGCCAGAGGAGACCUCAAGUUCAACAUGUUGGUAUCGUACACGUACCGGUCGGACGACCCGCUCGCGGAGGAUGACGUGCGUGCGACGCCCUCGCGCAAGGCCGCGCAGCCCGAGAUGAAGACGUUCUCCUUUUACACGGUGGUGAAUUUGGGGAACAUCAUCCCGCGCGAGGAGCAGCAGAGGGUUGACAUGGAUCUUUGA